AUGGAUAGGAUUGGUCUCAUUCCCUUUGUCCUUGACGGAGAGAUAAAGCUCGAGCUCUGGCUCGUUUGCACGAGUCUACGAUGCUUCCCGCCCCGGGCUCCCCACAGCGCCCGCGGCGCAGAUUCCCUCGCCGUCCCCAAGCAGAGAGUCGUUUCCGUAGGCGUCGGCGCCAAUGGCGACUCAAAGCCCGUUGCGCAGUUCCGCACCGCCAGCGGAUCCGUCCGUGACAUGAUUGCGAGGUUUGAGAGAAAUGCUAGCCCAAUUGCCCCUCCCGAUACUGGCCUCGCCGGCGCUGGGAAUAAGCUUCUCGGGCGUGUCAAGGCGUGGGAUCCCGUUAGCGAGAAGAAGGAGCAUGAGAUCGCGACUUCUAAAACGGCGAGCAUUUCUCAGGAGCAAGAAGAGGUCCUCAGCGAGGCCCCAGAGGAGGAGAUUGAUGAGGAAGACCUUGAGGUUCAAUCUGAAGAGGAGCCUGAGAACCAAACCGAAGAGGAACUCGAGACCCAGCCUGCGGUAGCCAAGGUAGAGAGCCCUACCCUGGAGAGCCUUGCUGAGCCUGUGGCCGCGAGACUGAGCGGUCAAGACCAGCAUCUAGACCAACCCGAGUCCGACAAGCCUAGAGAGACAGAAGAGCAACGUUCUGACCUUAGCGAGGCCGAGGAAAAGGCAGAAGGCGGGGUCAAGGUCACAGACGACAACAUUAUCACGGAGAAGCAAACGGCAGAGGAUGAAGCAAAUAUCACUGAUGAGAAAAGCACGGAAGAUGAUGGAGAUGACACAACAGAUUUGAAAGGCGCCCCCGACGAGGUUGUCGAUGUGGAGAGCCCCAUAGAAGGCGCCUCCGCAACCCCCGACGAGCCGGUCAAGGACGAAUAUGAGGAGGAUCAGGCCACCACACCGGCCAAGCGGGACCCAGCCUCUGUCGAGACUUUUUAG